AUGGUUCAAAUCUCGGCCUGCAUCGCCGCAUUCGCAGGCCUGACAUUUGCGGCUCCCUCAGGACUCACGCCUCGAGACCUGGCCAAACCACGCAAUGAUCCGUUCUACCAAGUUCCGGCAAAUAUCUCAUCCUACUCUCCAGGCCAAAUCAUCAACUCCAGAGCCACACCCGGCCCCAUCGGCGCAGCCCAGCAGUACACAUCUGUAGAUAUCAAAGCCUCCUACCAACUCCUCUACCGCACCACCGACGCGCUCGGAAAUGCCGCCGCAGCCGUCUGCACAGUCAUUAUCCCCGACGAGCCGCAAUAUGACAAAGUCCUAGCCUACCAAACAGCCUACGACUCUAGCGAUCCAAACUGUUCACCCUCCUACACCCUUCAACAGGCUUCCAAACAAACAAGCUAUGAUCCCCUCUUCAUGGUCGCAGGACUCAACCAAGGCUGGAUCGUCACCACUUCAGACUACGAAGGCCUGACAGCGGAAUUUGUCUCGGGUCUCACUUCCGGGUAUGCGACUCUGGAUUCCAUCCGCGCAACGCUCGCUUCGACAGCAAUUACCGGAGUGCUUUCCAAUGCCACUACAACAGUCUGGUGUUACUCAGGCGGCGCUCUGGCGUCCGAAUGGGCCGUCGAACUCCAACCCACCUACGCAGAAGAACUCCAAAUUGCAGGCGCAGCAUUGGGAGGUCUAACUCCCAACGUAACAAACGUGCUGCGAAACGUCAACAAAGGAACCUUUGCCUAUUUAGCCUUUGCGGGGAUCAAUGGUCUCGCGGCCGCAUAUCCCGAUCUGGCCACCUAUGUCGACCAAGUGCUGGUACCAGAAAGAGCAGCGGCGUUCCGGGAAAUAAACUAUUAUUGUACGAAUGAUUCCCAAGCAGAGAAUGGGUACAGUUUCCAGGAUAUAUCCACCUAUUUUGAAGGAGGCUUCGACGCGCUGGACAGUGGCGUUGCGCAGGAUGUCAUUACCAAUGGAGCGACGAUGGGAAGGAGGAGUACGCCGACAACGCCCAUGUUCGUUUACAAGGCCAGUGGAGAUGAGGUCUCGCAUGUUGAGGACACCGAUGCUCUGGUAGCAAAGUAUUGUGCCGCGGGGGCGAAAAUUGAGUACCAGCGGAAUGACGUUGGAGAGCAUGUUAGUGAAGCCAUCCUGGGCAGUGGUGCAGCGAUCAACUAUUUGAUCGACAGGAUGAAUGGUGUUCCGCAAAGGGCAGGAUGUCAGACGAUGGAUGUAACAGUGACGGCGCCACAGAGUGCGAGGGGUUUUACGGCGAAUUUUUUGGGGAUCUUGAAUGAUAUCCUCCUGGCGCCUGUGACACCGCAGUCGUUACAGGGCAUAUAG